CCCAUCUCGGAGGAGGAGCCCUUCCGUCCCUCUGGCCCUCUCUCGCUGUAUUCUCACACGGCUUACUCGGCUCAUACCUGGCCAGCUGCAGCAGUCUGUCGCGUUCUACUGUGACGCUCAAAACGGGCGUACAUCAUUCGAAAAUCGGUUGACCAAACGCAUCCACGCCAAGGUCAGAAUGUCUGUUGACGGUCGCGGUCACAUUGAGGGGAGGGCCGGUGACAGCGUUGAUGGCGCAUCUCGGACUCUGGGCGAUGUGAUGCGAUCGGGCCCCACCAGCUCUCCUGGCGUCGUCGUCAUCGAUCAAACGUACGAAGAAACGAAGCGAAAAGACGAUCUCAGCCCCAGCGAGGACCUGUGGCUAAGCUCGGCCGAUGGUCGAUACAACUCAGCCAUCAUACCCUUGCGAGUUGGCCGGGCGCCUGGUCAAGAAGUUUUCUACGUGCAUAGAGACGUCUUGCUCACGACCGAUUACUUUCGGAAAGCUCUCUGUGGGGACUUCAGAGAAGCAGAAGCGCAGUUGAUGGAAUUUCCGGAGGAGGAUCCUGCCAUAUUUCACUUCCUCAUUGCCUUCUUGUACCAGAGAAGCUUCGUCCCCAUCAGGCCCGCCGCAUCCGCGCUGGAUACCAAGGAGCCGCACCGGGGGAAAGCACAAGAUCCCGGCCACCGGAGCGAUUCAGAGUCGGAGAUGUCCUCCUCGGAGGCCAGUGAUGCGAGCGCCAGGAGUCGGGUACGGGCGCAGCGACGACAACGGCGGCGAGAGCGGCAAUGGGAACGUAUGAACCGAAAACACCCGGGCACACACCGCCCUGAUUGCAGAUGCCCGCGCUGCAUCACCACCAGCACCGGGCCGCCAUGUUGGAACUGUGGCGUCAGUCGCGCGAGGCCGACACCAGGCUACCUCCCGCCGCACAUGGUCACCCCGAUACCCCCAUUAAGGCCGGCGGCGAUGCCGCCGCCGCCGCCUCACCGACGCCGCAGUCGGCAGCCCAUCCUCACACCUCCAGGGUCGACCCCGGCCAACGCCGACUUUAUGGACGGCGACCGCAUACGUGGCGAGGACAUGCGCACGUGGCUCGCCAUCUACGACCUCAGCAUUUCCGUGUAUGCGUGUGCGAACAAAUACCUCAUGGACGACUUCAAGGCUGCCAUCCAGCGCCACUGCGUCGACAUGCUCGAGUCGGCCGGUUCCGACGCGGCGCAGUCGGCGGUUCUCCAGCUAUGUUCGAAGCUGUAUGCCACAGUGCCCGAGUCUGAUCCGUUGUUAAGAAUGGUUUUUGCGCGUAUUGGCUUUUUACAGCCGCUGCUGUGGCAGCGGGCACCGCAGCACACAUCUGAGUUCUUGAUUGGACAUCCGGAGGUGGCAGCUCUGAUGCUUCGCGAGACGGCAAUCCGGAGGGAGGAGGAUCUGGGCAGUAGAGCGCUGCCAUCGAUGGAGCGGGCGAUGCAUUCCCAUGCCAUGCCCAUCUGGCCGGUUGGUCCUGCUAUGCACCCUCACAUGCGGCCGCCCCCGCCCCCUCCGCCGCAGCCACAUUGGCAUCCAGCCCCCUUUGGUGCUUGAGUUCUCGUGAUGGAGAUUGUCGUCCCUCAUCCGGCGGGUUUUGACGCUGUCGUUUUCUGACGGAAAGGUGCGCAGCGUCGGUAACACUGGGGCAAAGAAUACC